AAACUCGGUCCAAUGACAUUGGUCUACAACUGUCCCCUUCAGUCCUGCAGUGAACAAUUUGAGGACAAAUUGAAUCUCAUUUAUCACUUGGACUCCAAGCAUCCACAAUACGGCAGUGCCUGUGCAAAUCAGGUUCAACCGAACUUCACUUUCUCCGGUCAGACUCCUUCCUCGAAACCGCAUUCUUCUACAGCCAGCCGUAACGCCACUUUCUACUUUCUUGCCUCUCCAAACCUUCGUUUCGCUCGUCGAAUGGAAGUUGGGGGUGGUUGUCGACAACGUGCACGCAGACCCUUCAAACCCAUCACCCUGGAGAUGGCCGUACUCAAAGCCCUCCUUGUUUCCCGUCUCAACAUCAACCCCGAACUUCUCAACAAACUAGCUGAAACGGUCUACAAUAGGACUGCUCAAGUUCAACUCAAAGAGGUCGCAAUGAAACGUCUCUGCAAAUGUAUCGGAAAUCUCCGUCCUCAAGAUGGGUCAGCGCCUACUUAA